AUGGAUUCAAAUAGUCAAGAAAAGGACUUCAUGUUGGCUCAAUUACUUUCCCUUGGUUUUGACGAAUGGGUCUGUCGAAAAGCAGUUGAAUGCAAUAGAACUGUCGAAGCUGCGACUGAAUGGAUCCUUAAUUCUCUGGAUCCAAACUCUGGAAAUUCUCGUUCUACAACAGGUCAUAUUCCUUCUUUAUAUCUAGGAAAUCCAUAUGAUCCAAUAGCGUCUAGUACUGUGUCAGGUCUAAUGUCACAAUCAACUCCACAACAAACUGUAAUAUCUCGUCAUUUACCAGUUGACGAUUCAGAGUAUACAAGAGAAAGUAAAGCUAAAGCAGCAAAAGCAUUAGAAGAAGCCAAGAAACAAAAAAUAUUGGAACGUGAAGCUCGUAAAAAAGCAUUAUUGGCAAUCAAAGAAGAUAGGGAAAAGAUUAAACAACGGAAAACGUCACAUCAAGAAGAUAUCGAGAUUGGUACAAACAAUCCAGCUGCUUCUACUUCUUAUCAAACUGGAACUUCAUCGAUGCCCACACAGGAUACUACUCUAAUCCGGAUUCGUUUAUCAACUGGUCGACCUAUUCGACAAUCUUUUGCAACUUCUGUUAGAAUAUCUAAUUUAUUUGAAUGGGUCACUAACGAGAGUGAACCAAGUAAAGAAUUCCAAUUGGUGUCAUUUCCAAGACAAGUUUUUGGAGAUGAUCAAAUGGAUCUAACUCUUGCAGAUGCUGGUUUGGUACCGAAUGCUUCUUUAAAUGUUGUGAGAUGUGACAUCCCAUCGGUUGUUGUUUCACAACAGCCAAUGCCCCAAAAUGAUUCAUCACCGUCAUCACAGACUCCUAACGUUCCUCCAGGUAUACGAACUACGUUACCACCGCAGAUCCCUAUGCAACCUGCAAUUCCAACAAAUAAUGCCCCUCCUCACUUUCCCGGUGGACAACAUAUACAACCAAGUAAUAAUCCACCUAAUGUUCCCCCUCACUUUCCGGUUGUUCGACCUAAUUUACCACCUCAAAUCCCGAACAUUCCACCGAAUCACCUGGUUGGGCCAAUGCAAGGUCCCAGGCAUCUGCAACAUUUAGGUCGUCUUCCACCAAGACCGUUUUUCGGGGGAGGUCAUCGUUUAACUGACAAUCCUGAUCCUCAACAGAAUUCUGAUGACUCUGAUGAUGAAACAGUGAAUGAAGAAAAUGAAGAAAAAAGGAAGCGAAUUGCUGAUGCUAUACAAGCAAGAGUGAAUUCCGAAGAAAAUAAUGUAGGAGAUGACAAUGCGAAACACAGGGUCAAUGAAAUCGAAAGUUUAAGAUCUAAAUGUGCUUACAAUGUUGCCGUGCUGUUGACUUCUGCAACAAGUGUCAGAAUAAUAGAUUCACUUGCUAAUGUAUCUUCCCAUAUCGGCGAAUUAUUAGUGGCAGAAUUGAUAAAAAUGGAAAAAUUGGAUGCUCUUACUUUUAAACGAUUCGCGAAUUGGUUAGACAAUAUUUCAUCUACUAAUUUGCAGAAUAUUAUAUUAGAUAAUUAUCCGCGGGCAUCCGAUUCAUUGUUAGAAAUUAUUGGUAGCACGCAACGAACUUCAGUUACAAGAGUAAGCUUGAGAGCAUGCCAAGUCUUAACCGAUACGGGAUUAAGAGGAUUACAAGGGUUGAGACAUUUAGAAUCGCUAGAUGUUUCAUCUUGUAGGGUAAGGGAUCGUGCUCUUCAGUUUAUACAAGAGUUUAAUAAUUUAGUCGACCUAAAUUUAUCAAAGACAAAAGUGACAAUUGCUGGUUUAAGAGAUCUAUUUGCAAAUUGUAGAUUUGCAAACAAAUUGGAAGUAUUAGAUUUGUCGUACUGUGCUGGAGUUUGUGGUAAAACUGUAUUUGCAGAUUUGCAACCAUUGGAGAAUAUUCGUUCUCUCAAUCUAUGCAGCACUCAGCUAGCACCACCUCAAGUUCCAGUUAAACCUUCAAGUUUCCAAAAAUUAGAGAUUUUGAAUAUUUCCGGAACUAAUCUUUGUGAUCAAGAUGUAAUGAAAAUUUUAUGUGGAUUUAAGAAUCUCAUUGGUUUAAACUUAACUAAAACUACAGGAGUUGGUCAAUUCGGGUUGAAAUGGAUGGCAAAAGAGUACAAAUCCCUUAAUGAAAUCAACUUUCCGAAUCAAGAAGAAGAAAUGGAUGAUAUAUUGCAAGACUUUUCUGGACUGCCUUUACGAAAGCUUGACUUAGAAAAUUUUAAAAAUGUUACGGAUGCUGGUGUAAUGCACAUUGGCAGAAUAAAAAGCCUAACAUUUUUAUCCUUGUCUGGAACAAAAUUAACUGAUGUUGGAAUGACAGCUUUGAAAGAUUUAGAGAAUUUGGCCGAAUUGUAUCUUGAUCGAACCAACAUUACAGAUCUCGGUCUGGCUAACAUACAAGAUAUACGAGGAAUCACGCAAUUAAGUUUAAACAAAACAAAUAUUAAAAAUGAAUCAUUGCGAAUUAUUGGCAAAGCUGCAUUUUCUAAUAGGGGGUUAAAGUAUCUCAAUGUUGGAUACACGCGUGUUACUGAUAAAGGUGUGAGAGAACUUAAAGGACUUGUGAAUUUGACAUUACUUAAUUUGGAAUAUACAAAAGUUUCUUUGUCUUGUAAACAAAUUCUAGCUGACUUGCCAUUAUUACAACAUGUAAGACUUUUAGGAAUAAAAAAAGAAUUUUGUGAAGAUGAUUCAUAG